AGGCGGCUACGUGAUGCGUCAUUGCGCUUACGUGUGGUUGUGACGCCACAAUCUCGCGCAAUGAGACUCGGGGCGUCGGGAUUUUCUGUAAGACAGGAGGAAAGGAGCUCGCAAUGGACCCCUUUGCGGGAGGUGUCACCUCUUCCGCUAUGUGCUGAUUGUCUGUAUUUACAGAAGUUAUAUAAGAAAUAAAAACUUUAUUUUGGAAAGAAUUUUUGAUUCCAGUGGAAUCUGUGCUUAAGUUUCCCUGCCCCUUGCUUUGCGAGCCCUUAUAUUUUAGAAGGACGCCAUGCCUGUACAAGCACCGCAAUGGACCGACUUUCUGUCCUGCCCUAUUUGCACCCAAACUUUCGACGAAACAAUCCGGAAGCCCAUCAGUCUAGGCUGUGGACACACAGUUUGCAAGAUGUGCCUAAACAAGCUUCACCGCAAGGCUUGUCCAUUUGAUCAGACCACCAUCAACACAGAUAUUGAGCUUCUUCCUGUCAACUCUGCUCUCCUGCAACUGGUAGGAGCUCAGGUGCCUGAACAACAACAGAUCACCCUCUGUGGAGGGUGUGGAGCAGAGGACACCAAACAUUAUGAGGAAGCUAGGAAAUGUGUAGAAGAAUUAGCUCUAUAUUUAAAACCCCUUAGCACUGCAAGAGGUGUAGGUCUAAACAGCACAACUCAAAGUGUAUUGAGUCGUCCAAUGCAAAGGAAACUGGUGACACUUGUGCAUUGUCAGUUGGUUGAGGAGGAAGGACGUAUUAGAGCUAUGAGAGCAGCUCGUUCGCUGGGAGAGAGAACAGUCACUGAGCUUAUCUUGCAACACCAAAAUCCUCAGCAGCUGUCUUCCAAUCUAUGGGCAGCUGUCCGUGCCCGUGGCUGCCAGUUUCUAGGACCAGCCAUGCAGGAAGAGGCACUUAAGCUUGUCCUCCUGGCUCUGGAAGAUGGAUCUGCGCUCUCACGGAAAGUCCUUGUUUUAUUUGUGGUGCAGAGACUCGAACCACGGUUCCCCCAAGCCUCGAAAACUAGCAUUGGGCAUGUUGUCCAGCUGCUCUACCGAGCCUCUUGCUUUAAGGUAACAAAACGUGAUGAAGACUCCUCCCUAAUGCAGCUGAAGGAGGAAUUUCGCACCUAUGAAGCACUGCGUCGAGAGCAUGAUUCUCAGAUUGUUCAAAUAGCCAUGGAAGCAGGAUUGCGCAUUGCUCCUGAUCAGUGGUCCUCCCUCCUGUAUGGAGAUCAGUCGCAUAAAUCCCACAUGCAGUCUAUCAUUGACAAGUUGCAGACCCCAGCCUCGUUUGCUCAGAGUGUCCAGGAACUGACCAUUGCUUUGCAAAGGACUGGAGACCCCGCAAAUCUUAAUAGACUUCGACCUCAUUUGGAGUUGUUAGCGAACAUAGACCCAAGUCCAGAUGCCCCUCCUCCAACAUGGGAGCAGUUAGAGGAUGGUCUGGUGGCAGUGAAAACUGUAGUGCAUGGAUUAGUGGAUUAUAUUCAGAAUCAUAGCAAGAAGGGAACAGACCAACAGCAGCCUCCACAGCACAGCAAGUACAAAACAUACAUGUGUAGAGAUAUGAAACAGAGAGGAGGCUGUCCCCGUGGGGCAAGCUGCACCUUUGCCCAUUCUCAAGAAGAGUUAGAAAAGUUUCGGAAAAUGAACAAACGUUUGGUUCCAAGACGGCCACUCAGUGCUUCGCUUGGUCAGUUGAAUGAGGUUGGACUACCGAUAGGAGCACCUGAUGAAGGUCCUAUGGACUUGCCACCCCGAAAGCCAAGUGGGCUUCCCAACGGCAUUGUUCCGGGGACACAGCUCAUCUCAAGGAGUACAGACUCUGGCUUUGAGUCAGUGCUGAAACAAGUAAAAUUGGAUCAAUUGAGCAGCAGUGCACCUGGAUCUCCUCCAGAACUGCUGGAUUCUGUCCCCAAGGCAUCUAUGUCUGCUUUGCCUGUCAAUGCUCAUCCUGCUGCUUCGCGUGUAUCCAGUGAUAUGCCACCAUUGCCGGUUUCCAAGCCAAUCCAAAUGGUGCCACGUGGUUCACAAAUAUAUGCCCCUCCUCCAGCAGAUACGUUUUACCAAGAAUGUCGGGGUGGUGGACCUCCAUUUGAUGCAGCUCCCUAUGCACAAGGUGUUUAUUACCCACCUCAGUCCUCCCAGUGUGUUUCACGCUUUGUCAGACCUCCUCCUGCUGCCACUGAACCAGCCGCCACCUACCUCGACCACUAUACUCCCUACUUACAGGACAGAGUUGUCAGCACACAGUAUGGCACUCCCACUCAGCAGUACCAGACAAUUGUACCCACCCAGUACCAGCCACAUUAUGACAACCGUCGUGUUUAUCCCUCUAAUGCUCCACCUUACCAAAGGGAGGAAAUAGUUCGUGCAAGUCCGGUGCCUCUAGAAAUGCCUCCUGCUGCUAUCUCUCCCUAUGUUCCUGAAUCCAGAGAGAGAUAUCAGGGAAUUGAAGGUUAUUAUACACAUCCAGGACAGAUAAGGCCAUCAUAUCAUAGGGAACCAUAUAUUCGUUUGCCUCCUCAGCACACAGCACAGCCUCACCCCAGCCUGGAUGAACUUCAUAGACGCCGUAAGGAGAUCAUGCUUCAGCUAGAAGAAAGAAAAGUGAUUUCCCCUCCUCCCUUUGCACCCUCACCUACUCUGCCUCACAGCUUCCAUCCAGAAGAGUACCUUGAUGAGGAAUUAAAAGUACCUGGGAAAUUUAAAGGGAACGAUUACAGUCAGUAUUCACCCUGGUCCUGUGACACAUUCGGCUCCUACAUUGGAACCAAAGACAACAAAUCCAAAGAUGUUUCAUCUGGUGGCAGCGUGGAAGUAGCUAAUGUUGACAGCAAAUCCCUACGAGACCAACGCAUUGAGCUUCAGCGAAGAGCUACAGAGCCUGGUGAGGAUGAUCUGAUUCCCUUUGGAGACAGACCUACCGUUUCUCGCUUUGGGGCCAUCUCCCGCACAUCGAAGGCCCUAUACCAACCACCAGGCCCAAUGCAGCAGGUCUUGGCAGCCCAAGGAGCUGUAAAAUCUAGCAUUACAGAUUACAGCUUGUACAGUCACGGUGGCUUGAGUGCUGCAUCAUAUCCACCCCAUCAAAACCUUUCUUCUCAGGGACAGUUAAGUGAGCGUGAAAGGAUAUCCAAGCCUUUACCAACAUCUGAAAGAGAACAGCUUAGGAUGGAACUGCAGCAAGUUAACCAGCAGAUCAGUCAGCAGACACAAAUGCGUGGCAUGGAGGUAGCUACUAACCGCCUGCUGUUGCCAAGAGAGGCACCUUCACUUGGAAACCAGCAGCCACCUCCACCACAACCACCAGCCAAGUGGCCAAGUAUGAUGUCCAGUGAACAGCUGAGUCUUGAACUUCAUCAAGUGGAACGGGAGAUUGGGAAGAGAACACGUGAACUCAGCUUGGAAAGCCAUUCUUUGAGUAUGAAAAGCAAGGCAGAUACCAUCAAAGUAGAAAAUGGGCAACUGGAGGCACCGACAAGUGUUCUAUCACAUGAACUCCCACUAACAUUCAGCAGUGAGGUGCCAAAUGGAUCAGGUCUGACACAGGACAUCUCCAUGUUGUCUAGCAAGACAGCAUCUUUAACUCUUUCAGAAGAUCCACAGGCUGGAGGAGACAAGAGUGAGCCGCUGAGAUCUGGAGUUAAUUCCACUGCUGCUCCUUAAUCUGUGAAGGCCACCGUACCCACGCGACGUACCUGACACCACCCUUAACCACCCCUCUUCUUUUUUUAAAAUAUUAAUUGAAGGUGUUUUGGUCUAGUGGGUAGAAAACAAAUGGAGUAGCAUUUUUUGUUUUUUGUUUUGUUUUUUGGAGGGAGGGAGAAGACUGAGCAAGUCAGGAUUUUUUAAGAGGAUAAUGUAUUUGCAUUACUUACCUAAACCCCGUUUUUGGGGGUCUAGGAGGAAGAAAAUCUGUGACCCUGUUCCUCUUCCUCCUCUUCUCCAAAGCAUGACUGACUACAUAUAUAAUGUGCAUUGAAAACACCACUAUAAAGAACAACCUCUGCACAUAUUUUCACGUUAACACAUUUUUUAAUAAAAAAUAUACUGAAUACAAAAUAUAUAUUAAAAAAACACAGAUGAAAAUUAGCAGUAUCUGCAAGCAAUUCAAGAUUAGUUGUUUUUGUUCUGUGAAUGAACUUAAUUUUAAUAACUUUGGAUGCCUUGGAUGCAAGGCUUUAAAAACAAAAAAGGAAGAUAUUAUAUAUAUAUAUACUCUGUUUGAUUAAUUGUACGAUCUUAUUGCUGUAGAUUACAUUUAUUUUUUCUUGUUUUAUUUGGAUGCUAUUACAUAGCCAGUAAAUCAGCCAUGCAAGCCAGACCUAGCUAAAAGAUAUUAAUUUUUGACCCCAUAGGACCUCUUCCUGAGCUUUUCAUAAAGCCAAGAUAAUAAUCUAGGAAAAUAACUUUACCUUUGUUAAAAGAAAAAAUUGUAUGCGAUUCUGCAGAGUUGACAGUAAGAGUAUCUUCAAAUAAGCCUGGAAUUGUAUCCUGUCAUCCUCUGGGUAUUUACACGCCCUUAGUUACCAGUCAGCAUUACUGUUUUGUUAUCCAAUUGAAUUUAGGGGCUGGCCAUGCAUGGCAGAGAAAUCCUUUUAAAGCCAUUUUGCAAAUAACGAAUCUGCAAAGAUUCUAUUGUCCCAGCUGUUUUCCAUAGCUGACAUGACUGAAAGAGAAGCCUGAGACGGUUUGAUCACCUCAGCAUUGCCAUAUCCGUAGCACAACACUUAAAGCAAUCAAAUGGUCUUCACUUGCAUUAUCUCUGCAAGAUUAAACACAACUGGCUAUGUAAUAACCUCCCACAUCGUUAUGGUGGGGUAAAAGCGAGAAUUAAUUCUUUUGUUUCUUGUAAUUUCUUAGUGUUUUGAUUUUUUUUGUUUUGUUUUUUUCCCCCUUCCCUUUAUUUCCUUCCUCUCUAUCGCCUGCUGAGCCAGUGUCCGCCUCAGCGUUAUGUUCAACGAAUCCUAUUAAGAAAGAAGUUAAAAGAAAAUUGUACGAUAUACGUACCUUUCAAGGUGAAAAUAUGGGUUUUGGAUCCCACCAUUGCCUACCAGUUGAGGUUUCCAAACUAAAGGUGCUUGGAAGGAGCACCUGUUUGAUUUUCCUUAUUGCCAGGAGGAGGCACCGCGUUUAAUAUACUGUUUCACAUUGAAUUAAAUUGAACAUUUCGGACCUGCUGGUCACACAUUUGAUAUUUACAUAUAUUGGCUUGGGGUUCAAGCUAACUCUAUUUUUUUUUCUUUUCUUUUUUUUAAUUUAAAUAAUGACCAUAGAUUAUAUGUGUGUGUGUGUGUAGUUACAGAUAUGCACAUACAUAUAUAAGAUAUUUUUAAGAAUUUCUUUUUUCUUUUUGGAUGAGUGCAGCUGUUUGGUGCAGGAAUGUCUUGUAUCCUUAUAAUGCUACAUUUUCUUUCCUCUAGAUCUCAAUCAUACUAGCAAUCAUUGACAUAAUAUUGAGUUUAUUUAAAACAAGCUUUUGACAGCGAGACAUAUUAAAAGCUUCUCAGCAUUUCUCCUGAUGACAAAGGGCUAGCAUACUUUUAUAUUUUCUGUCUUUCUAUUUGGUUACAGUCACUGGGGUGACGUUGCUGUUUUUUUUGUUGGUGUUUUUACUUCUCUUCUGAGAAGCUGUUUGUAAAUGGUCAGAAGGACUAGACGGAAUUGGGUCAGUGUAAUGCUACUACUGACACUUUAUCUCCAUUGACUGCACAUUUGUUAACAUUUCCCCAAAUUUUUUAGAGAUACAUCUGCAGAUUAGAGCACAGGUUGGUUCAUAGAAUCGGAAAGUAUGGGCAUUGACAACUUUAAAAGCAUUCUACGGGCAUUCUGAAUGUAUCCCAUGUGACAGCAUCUCUAACUAGACUGGUGUGUGUGCCAAUAUUUACAAUGCAGUAGGUGUGAUAAAUUCACUUUUAUGUCUCCUGAAAGGUUAAUACAUUUCAUAGUUUAUAAUUGUUGAAAUAGUAGCCUGCCUACUGCUGUGUUACUGCCUUUCAGUGUUUGUAUUGCCCCUCUGGUCUUGUGGCUGUGGUCCUUUCCUACCUGAAGAGUCACAGAAUGUAAACUUUGGUGCAUUUGCAGGAAAAGUGCUUGUUCUGUUAACUCCAUUGUGCUAGAAUACAACAGAUUAUCUACAAAACCCUAAGGUUAAUGCCAGAUGGUACAGAUUCUUGACCUGCAAAUAAAUGCUGAUGCCAGCAUAGGGGAUGAUUUAGCCUUGAUUGGCAUUAUUAUUGAACUAGUUCUGAUACUGCAGGAUUGGAUAGCAGUAAUGACGGCCACGGAAGUUUGAAACAAGCUAUUUAUAACUGUCACCGUAAAUGUUGCAUACGGCCAGUUUGUUUUCUAGAGUUCUCACCAGUCAUUAAGAGGGAAUUUACUGUAUCCUAAUGUUUAAAUAGCUGUUCUGUUGUCACUGGAAGUUAAAUCAGCUAUCCAGUAGGAAUUAAUUAUUAAGUAACCUCAGCACGUGGCACUGUACUCUUUACAUUGCAUAUAUAGUGAAAUCUGCUGAGCUGUGCAUGGUUAGAGUUCCUCCUUAUAAAGGCAGGCAUUUAAUUUCUGUCUGUUGAAAUGGUCUGUACAGUACUGUUUGGGAUGGGGUUUGCUUUCAGUAGAGAAUCAGUAGUCAGAGUAGCUCCCCAAAUGAUUACUCUGUUCAGCUGCUAAGCACUGUAACUGUAAAUAGAAGCUUUAGCCUAAAAACAUACUUGUUCUGUAAUGUCCAUAUGGGCCUUGCCAUUGCUCGUUGGAAACAUUUUGUGUGCAUUUGGUACAGCUACAGACUCUGAGUGCAAUGUUUCUGCAUCCCUUCUUGUUAUUCCCUCUAGCACUUACGUGCAACUUGCUUAUAAUACUCUUCCUUUUGAACUUGUAUCCCAGUUAGCUGCUUGGGUGCUGUUCAACAUUAUAUUUUCCACAUGGAAAACAAUUCUUCAAAGCCUUCUUGCUUCUCUCCUUUCUAAUCCAAAUCUACCCUGUCUGUUUCAGUAGAUUAAAUGAUAAUUGUUUUCUUAAUUUCUAUCCAAAUAUCAAAUCACAAUAUUCCUGCUUUUACCAGCUGCCUCAUCAAAACAAUGAAGAAAAAAAAAAAGAAAAUGAAAAAGCAUUCAGACGAAUUUGUUUAGCCAAUAACUUCUGUGAAGUUGCUGUUUUCUAAUGGUGUUAUAACUCAAUAAUGUAGAAACGUGGGGAAGCCUUUAACUGGUAGGCAAUGACUAUAUUAGCUGGGAUCUGUGACUGUAAAGAAAGCCAGCAUCCAGCUGUUUUCAACCCAAAGAAGUCUUAUGUCAUGUAAUAAGGAUUUUGUUCCCCAGGACAAUGUGAAGUUCCCUAUAUUCAGAUAUAGCUCAGAAAGGCUUAGUUUGUUUACAGAUCUCUCUAAGAAUUAGUGCGUUUGGCACCUGUGUGUUACCAUGCCUGGUGGCUAAAGAGAGUCACAGGUAUGAUACUUUUUAGGUGUAUGGGAUCAAAUUCUUUAUAUUCACUCUCCAUUCAUUUUACCUGGAUCUGGAAGGAAACAAUAGUUGGUCAUGUUGAGUCCUAGGAUCAUUGUGUAGGCCUGUCACUUAAAAAAAAAAUAUGAUCAGUUUGGAGGGCUACCAUCUGAAAGUGGCUUUUAGUUUGCCUGCAUAAUAAUAAAGGAUAUGUGUAGAAUGUAGCUCUUGAAGUCUUAAGACUACAGAUGCUUUGAAGGAAAAUGCCCUGAUCUGUAGGCUCCCAAAAUCAAGUAAUUACAUUGUUUUGCACUGCAUUUAAAGUGUUUUUUGUUGAGAGCAGCCAACCUUAUGUUUUAUAUGUUUAAACCCUAUUGUAAUGGCAACAUUAAAUGGAUACUGGAAUCCCUUAUAAAAGAAAAAGCUCUGCAUCAGAGCGAGGUACACGGUGAUUAGCAUGGAGCCCAAGUAGCUGCUUUCUGAGACUAAAUAACUUUCACUGAGUCCUGCUUGGCUCUGAUUCUGAACAGUUGGGGGGUAGCAUAGGCUCUGCACCAACACCUUUUGAUUCAUGGACUGGCUUAUACAUUUUCAAGUUUCUAAAUCGGCAGGAGAGGUAAGCGCAAGGAAUGCACAUAAUGGAUUGUCCGCUUUCCUCUGCUUCCGUUUGUCAGAAGAAAGUGGAUACGCUCUUAUGCGUGCAUCCCUCAGCUCCACUUAAAGGCCCAGUGUUGGCCUAUGUGUAUCUACAUGGAGCAUAUAUCUACAUGAAAUGUAUGCAUUUUCAUGCUGAUGUAUGCUCCAUGUAGCUCCACACAAGCCUGGGCCUGUCAUUGGAGGUAUGGGUUAUGUAUAAGAGCAUAUCCACUUUCCUCUGCCUGUAUAAAAUACGCAUGAGGGGGCAAGCAGACAAUCCAUUAGGUGUGUUGUUGCCUUAAGGUAAGCAAAAAAGUGGGCUGUUCUUUUGAAUCUCAGCCAGAUGGCAUUUUGGAGUUUUUUGUUAGGAACUGUUUCUGGGUAUCCAGAGGCUGCUCCUUGCUAUUCACUACUUCCCUUUCACUCUGAAGCAGAGCAGAAACCAGAUUAAAGGGAUGACCAUUUCCCUUUUAAGAUAUAAUUUUUGGAUCAGCUUUAUUGUUAAGCAAAGUGGCUGACCCAUUGCACAGUAGGUGUGGAUCUAAAAACAGCUCACAUCCAGAUUAAACGGACUGAACAAUUUGUUCUUGUUCAGUGUGAUGGGGGGGCAGUUGCUUAGAUGUUAGGUUAGCUGGGUUGGUCCUUUUCUUACAUUGGCAGCUUUUGUUAUUGCAAGACUAAGGCUUCUUUGGACUGAAUGGUUUGUUUUCAAGGCCCAUAAAGCACCUGUGAAAUGUAGGGCGCUUGUUCAUUCUCUGUUUUUGUACAGCACAAAUCCACAUUGAAAAUGGUCUUUCUGUAUCGCAAGGUGCAGGCAUUUAACGUGCGAUCAUUACUUCAGUCAGAAACAGGAAAGUAAAAUGGGAAUAUUUGGCAUAGAACAUUUACUGUUCUUUUGGCACAUUGCCAUUAGUUUUGCCCUUUGAUUACGCUGUUGCUAAAUUAAGCUUAAUGCUUUUCUUUUUAUAUGAUUUUUCUAGCAUUUUUUGGGGGUGAUUUUUGUUCAUUUUGAUGAAACUAAAGGAUUUAAUCACUGCCUGUUAUAAAAUAGAAAUUAAGACUGAUUCCUACCCUUCUAUCAUGGAGCAGUAGAGGAGCAGUGUAAUUUUCAGUAUUUUAUUACCAGUGGUUAAACUUUCUGUUUCCUCUGCAUGUACAGUGCAUUCCAGGCACUGAUUCUGGGGUGUCCUUUUCCUCAGUAGUUACCCCAAGUUAUUUUAUGAUUUAAAAAAAAAUGCACAGUACAGCUUUAUUGGUCGAUAGCUGACCUUGCAUUUGAAUCAGUUAUUUCUAUGCCAGCAUGUUUUCAUGAAGCUCUGUCCUGUGCAAUAGACACAUUACAGAUUGGCAUCUUGUGCCACAGUGAUCUUUGUGUCUAAACUAAUGUCAUUUAGUUAUUUGCCAUUGGUCACUGAUGCCAUUCCUACUGCAACUUCCACCUGUGCAGCCCAUGAAAGCGCCCAACAUUUCUCCAGUUGCAAGAAGUAACCUUUAUCUGAAUUCUUUCAGGCUGGAUUCAGUUUACGAUUAUUAUUAUUAUUAAUAAUUUCUUUGUUCUUUUGGCUCAUACCGGUCUCUCAGAGACAUUCUGCAGCUAUUAAUCACCUUUUUGGGUGGAAUUAAAUUGUUUUUUGUUUUGUUUUCUUUUUUGUUUUCUUUUUUUUUUUUUAACUUUUUAACUUUUUGAUGCAUUUUGCUUGAAAAAGAGCUUGUGAUAUUCACCAAUCUUAUUGAUUGUUCUGUGACUGUGCCCUGCGGAGGUUUAAUAAACAAAAUUGUGAAAACA